GUAGGCAUCAACUUGUUUUAUAUUUCUUCCGCGAAAAUAUAUGAAAAUGGUUUCAAUUUUGUUUAAACAAUUGUGUAUGUAGACGCCAUUGAAAAAAGCAAGUUUUUAUUUUCAGGAGUUGAAAGAAAGAAAUUCGAUUUUCGAAGUGAAAAUAAAGUGACGGAGGCAAUAUUUAGCACCACGAAGUAAGUGCGAAAGUGCGCGUUGCUAACGAUAAUUGAACACAAAUUUUACUAAAUUUUUGCAUGCAAAAGCACACAAGUAGUGUAAAGCAAUACGAAGAAGAGACAACCCCAGCAUUUCUCUCUCUCUCUCUUUAUCCUGCCACCCAAAAGACAAUUCAAAUCAAAUUCCGUUUUGUUAUUAUUGCCUUUACAAUUGGUAAGAAGAGUUGGAACGUUAAAGGUGGUGCCUUUUAGACGAAAGGAUAGCAACAGAAGUAAUAGUUGACGAAUCAUCAAAUUUUGCGUACAACAAAAUCCACAAUUUCUUAACCGAAUAAAUUACUAUAGUAAUCAAUUAUCAAUCAAUUCACCAUAAUUUCAAAAGAGUAAAACGAAAUAUAACUAAAGAUGCCAGCGGAAACGAAGACUGCCGCCGCUGGAACCGAGGCUGAUACGCCGACGAAGAGUAAAAAAGCGAAUACGAGUGGAAAAGCUGGAUUGGCGCGUGUCACGCUGCUUGAUGGCUCUCUACUGGAUGUCACUAUCGAUCGCAAAGCGAGAGGUCGUGAUUUGAUCAAUACCAUUUGUGCUGGUCUCAAUAUUGUGGAAAAAGACUAUUUCGGUCUUAUAUAUGACACGCCCACCGAUCCACGCGUUUGGUUGGAUUUGGAUAAACCAGUUUCAAAGUUUUUCCGUAGCGAUCCAUGGGUGCUGCAAUUUGCUGUAAAAUUUUACCCACCGGAACCGUCCCAGCUGCAAGAGGACAUAACGCGCUAUCAGCUUUGUUUGCAAGUGCGCAAUGACAUACUCGAAGGCCGUUUGCCAUGCACUUUUGUGACACAUGCGCUACUUGGCUCGUACCUGGUGCAAUCGGAGAUGGGCGAUUAUGAUCCGAAAGAGAUGCCAGAUCGUCGCUAUUUGAAGGAUUUUAAAAUAGCACCAAAUCAAACGCCGGAGUUGGAAGAUAAGGUCAUGGACUUGCACAAGACACACAAGGGUCAAGCACCUGCUGAAGCUGAAUUGCAUUAUCUAGAAAACGCUAAAAAACUGGCCAUGUAUGGUGUAGAUUUGCAUCCAGCAAAAGAUUCGGAGGGCGUUGACAUUAUGUUGGGUGUUUGUGCAUCUGGUUUGCUUGUUUACCGCGACAAACUACGCAUCAAUCGCUUCGCUUGGCCGAAGAUACUGAAGAUUUCAUACAAACGUCAUCACUUUUAUAUCAAAAUACGUCCCGGUGAAUUCGAGCAAUUCGAAUCGACGAUUGGCUUUAAGUUAGCCAGUCAUCAGGCUGCUAAAAAAUUAUGGAAGUCUUGUGUGGAGCAUCACACAUUCUUCCGUCUAAUGACACCAGAACCGCCGACAAAGUCAUCUUUGUUCCCACGUUUUGGCUCAAAAUACCGUUAUUCUGGACGUACUUUGUACGAAAGCAAACGAAAUCCAAUCGAUCGCACUGCACCGAAGUUCGAUCGUAGUUUGUCGGGCAGACGUCUGACCUCGCGUAGCAUGGAUGCUCUCGCAAUGGCUGAAAAGGAGAAAGAUGCUCAGAAACGUCACACAAUGGGACAUCCACCCGAGCACAUUCCCGAUUUUGACUCACCACACAGUCGCAGUCCAUUGAAGAAGGAUAAGAAAGAGAAGUUAAAACGUGAAUCGAGCACUGGUACAGCUUCCGCCUCUUCGCAGAGUUCACUCGAAGGUGAUUAUUCGACCCAUACCGGUGCUGAUGUCGCAGCCGGCGAGUCCGCCUCGGCAGUCGCUUAUCUCGGCAAAGAUCAGGCCGAGGCCGAAAAGGAGGCCAAACUGAAGAAAAAACAACAAGAGAAGGAAGAAAAAGAGCGCAAAGAACGUGAAAAGAAGGAAAAGGAGGCCAAAGAGAAAGCUGCCAAGGAGAAAGCCGCUAAAGAAAAAGCAGCCAAGAUUGCUGCAGGCGCCGCCGCUGCAGGUGUUAACGGCAAUGACAAUUUGGAUGACUCCAACAAGUCGGAGAAAUCUGGCAAGGGACGCGGUGGUGGACUUUUCUCGUCCGGUCGCAAGAGUAAGAGCAGCUCUCCGACAAAAGAAUCUAAGGACAAAGACAAAGUUGGCAAAGAUAAAGAGGGCAAGAGCGGUGAGUUGGUUUAUGCUGAUCUGCAACUUGAUAGUUCGAAUAACAAAGCCAAUGAUCGUGUUUCACGGCAACCCGGUCACACGCGACCAUACGAAUAUUCCGAGGGCACAGGUGAAACCAGUCCAACACGUAAAUCAUACAUUCCCGGUGGUUUCCGUUAUGAUCAAGACCCACAAAGUGGUAAGCGAGCUGGUCAAGAUGGCGACGGCCAAUUGUCGCCCACUGCUGAACAGAAGAAGACAGCCAUUGCCUUCAAUUAUGCACCUGGUCACGAUGAUACUUUAAAGAAGACCGCCGAGAAGUUGAAGAGUGGCCAGUUAUCGCCACGCACUCGUGAGAAAAUCAAUAAGGGUCAAUUGUCGCCAACAAGCCGUGCUAAACUAUUAAAGGAGGGCAAUCUAUCACCCACCACACGUGCUAAAUUACAAGGUAGUGCAGUCGAUGCGGCAGCUGCCCCCUUAUCCGAUGCGCAAAAACGCUCUUAUUCACCUUCAAAGGGUCAAUCGGCCGGUUACACUUCUGGUGCCCCAGGCAGUUAUAAGCCUUUGGUUGAUCCAACAGCUGCCUUCUUGGAAUCCGAACGAUACAACCGAGAGCCUUCAGCUGGUUCUGUCGGUGCAGCCGGUAAUGCUGCUGCAGCUAGUAGAGAUGGUACAGGUACACCUAUAGGCACUGCUGGCGCUGCUGGUAAGGGCAGAGGCAGUACCCCAGUUACACCAACAAAAGCUGGCGGAGGCUUAGCUGCCGGCGCUGCUGGUGUCGGCGCUGCUGCCAAACCUAAGAAGAGGCGCGUCAAGAUUAUGGUAAUCACAUCUAAAUUUGAUCCAAGCACGAAGCGCAUUGAUGCUGAAAACGGUGUCAUUGAACACUCUACGGGCAUACUAGACCCUGAGACCGGCUUGAUAGAUAGUAAAUAUGGGCAAAUUGAUCCACAAAAGGGCACUUUAUUGGCUUUGAAUACGAAGACGGGUAAGAAUGAAAUCUACCAAGGGGAAGUUGAUUCCAAAACUGGAAAUGUGCAUUUGGUUUCUGGAGUGGCUGAUCCUAAUACUGGUCGUUUGGAUGAGAAUUUGGGUCAAAUCAUUUGUAUUACACCUCAAGAUAAUCCAGUGGUGGAACUUAUUGUUAUCACCAGCCGUAUUGAUCCGGCUACAGGUAAAGUUGAUACCGUCAACGGUGAAGUUGAACGUUCACUUGGUGUACUGAAUGUAGACUCCGGUCUACUCGACACCAAAUAUGGUGAAAUAAAUACUAGAACAGGUGAACUGAAGUCGAUUGACCCCAAGACCGGCAAAAUUGUUGUAUCUAGGAAUGUAAAAGUUGACCCAGCCACUGGACAAAUUACCAUAUUGGGCGUCACAGAUCCGAAAACUGGUAAGUUGGAUAACACGCAAGGUCGCAUCAUUGAAGUUGGACAACAAAUCGAUCCAAUUGUUGAAGUUACCUCGCUGGCCGGUAAAUACGAUUCGAAGAGAAACAUUAUCGAUCCCAAAACAGCGCAAGUUGAAACUUCCGGUGGUCAAUUUGAUCCUAAGGCUGGCAAGAUUGACACAAAAUACGGUCAAAUUGAUUUGGUUAAACAUACAAUCACAUUCACUGAUCCAAAAUCGGGCAAAACUGUUACACGUGAUAUCAAAAUUGAUCCAGCCACUGGUCAGAUUGUGCUUAAGAACCAAAUAAAUCCCAAGAAUAACAAGCCCGAUAAAGAUUAUGCACGGAUUAUAUCGCUGCGCAUUGUACAACAACGUGUUGAUCCCAAAACGAAAGCACCAAUUGCACAAGUCAGCUCAGCAAAGGAUAAAGAAAUUAUUGUCGAUCCGAAAUCUAAUCAAAUUUGGAUGCCCACCGGUGCUAGCGAUCCAAACACAAAAGAGUCACAAUACAUUUCCAGCAGUGUCGAUCCAAAGACCGGCUAUGUCAUCACAAUUUACGGUUACCUCGAUCCGAAAACGAACGAAAUCAAAAAGCAAAAUAAACUCGACCCCAACACAACCAAAAUCGAACCAUCCUCUGGCAAGAUAUACACAGCUACCGGCGAAGUUGACAAAUCUACAGGCGAACCGCUCUAUGCCACCACCCAAGUUGAUCCGGAAUCCGGCGAUGUAUACACCAAAGUCGGACGCGUUGAUCCUAAAACUGGCAAAAUUGUCAUUGUUCGUGUACUGCUCAUUUCCAAAACAGAUGAACGUGGCCGACCUGAAGAAAUCGAUCCAGCGACAUGUGAAAUAGAUCCGGUCUCUGGUCGAAUUCUCAAGUUCUUCAAUAAAACUGUUUAUGUUUAUACUAUGAUAGAUCCAGUAACAGGUGAAAUUGUACAGGUUGAUCCGAAUGAUCCACGUUUUGCGGGCGCACGCACCACCGUCACUCAAACCAUGACACUGACCGGCGAGAUUGAUCCAGUGACAGGACGUAUCAAGAGCGAAUAUGGCGACAUCGAUCCAAAUACAGGCGACAUCGAUCCCGCUACAGCAGUACGCGAUCCUGUAACCGGCAAACUUAUUCUUAAUUACGCACAAAUCGAUCCAUCGCAUUUCGGCAAGGAGGCACAAGUCAGCACAACAACCGAAACCGUUCCAAUAACACGGGAGCAAUUCUUUGAAGGCGUUAAACAUAUGGGCAAAAAUGCGCUACGGCGCGAUUCUGAGGCCAGUUCCGAUGAUGAUAUGACACAACAGUAUGGCAGUGAGAAUAUUAAGGACAUGGUGCUGAAUAGUCCCAAGCAAGCGGAUGGUACAACAGUAACAACGACCACAACAAAACAAGCAGGCAAAUUCGGCACACCAACGGUGGUGAAGACAACCACCAAACAGGUGCUGACCAAGAACGACGAUGGUGUGACGCAUAACGUAGAAGAGGAGGUGCGAAAUUUGGGUACUGGCGAAGUCACCUAUUCAACGCAGGAACACAAGGCUGAACCCGAUGUAAGCGGAGCUUAUGUAACUGCCACAGCCGUGACCACCCGCACAGCCACGACCCAUGAAGAUCUGGGCAAGAAGGCCAAGACCGAACAGCUCGAAGAGAAGACGGUGGCAACAACACGUACUCACGAUCCCAACAAACAGGAGCAACGUGUCGUCACACAGGAAGUGAAGACCACAGCCACCGUCACCAGCGGCGAUCAGUUCCGAGACCGUGGAGAUAGUAUUUCAUCGACUAGUUCUGGCGACUCGGGCACGCCCAUCGAUGGCCCAUAUGAUGGGUCCAGUGUGGUGCGUACCUCGAACAUAAAGGGAUAUGGAAACUUCCCUGCUACCACGACCACCACCGGCCCACAUGUUGAACAGACCCGCGUCAUAUUAGGUGAGGACACCCCUGGCUACUCAGGACAUGGCGAAAUUGUUUCAACACAAACGUUGAGCAGCAAAACGCGCACUGUAGAGACCAUAACCUAUAAAACCGAGCGUGAUGGCAUAGUGGAAACCCGAGUGGAGCAGAAGAUCACCAUACAAUCCGAUGGCGAUCCAAUUGAUCAUGACAAAGCGUUGGCUGAAGCAAUUCAGGAAGCGACAGCUAUGAAUCCAGACAUGACAGUGGAAAAAAUUGAGAUACAACAGCAAACACAGUAAAAUCAUUAUCUGAAUACUGGAGGCAUACUCCGGAUGACUUGCACACAUAGAAACACAUCCAAUAUACCGAGUAUAUAAUACAAAUAAAUAACCGAUAUGUUUAACUAAAUAUAAUUUAUUAUAAAAGCACCCGCACACAUACAAAAAUGCAAAUAAAAUAAAAGAAGAAGAAAAUCCACCCACACAUACCUAACUGUAUACACACAAAGAAAAAAGCCUUUGAUGAAAAUAUUUGUACUCUUAAUGUUAAUUAAAAAAAAA